AUGUGCGAACACCGUAUCAUCUGGCGCUACUGCCCUCACUGCCGCAAACAAGCCGGCCCUCCCCUCCGCCAAAACGUCAACUGCGACAAAGUCACCAUCUGGAAACUCGGUCAAUGUAGACUUGGCCUCUGCGACCGAGACAUCAUAGAGCAAGUCGAGUGCUCUGAUUGCGAGACCAAACGAAUCACCGAACGGGACGACAUGCGACGACGUUUGUGGGAGAAAGCUUGGCCUGCGCCUGUUCAGUUGUCCGAGGGUGUCAAGGCACCCGUGAUGAUGGAUGCUGCGCAGCAGACUGAGGAGCCGUGGCCUGUUAUUGACAAGGUUGGGAAAAUUGAGGACAAAGGCUCGGAUGUGGUGAUCGUUCAGCCUGAGGUCAUGUACGAUGCCGAUGAUGAGCGUGAUGGAGAAGGCCUUUUCAUCGCUAGCAAGAAGCGCAAGACGAAGCAGAAGAGUGAUUGA